AUUCUUUCUUCUCUAUUCUCUUCUCUCUGUAAAACAUCUCUCUCUCUGACCAAACCACUCACAUUCAUUCUUUGCUUCCUCCUUUUAUAUCACGAGAUCCCCAUCUCUUUUUUCUCUUCUUCCUUUCUCUUCCCCCCUUCAUGCCUUCUUCUUCAGACUCGCUGCUUCUGGGUUCGGUUUCGUCUCUGCGCUUCCGGGUCCCUGCAUUUACUUCUUUCUCUCUCUGUUGUUGUCCUGUUGAUUCCAUUUGACAGACAUUGAUGAUACUGGCUUUGGUGGGGAAAAGUUUUUGAGGGGGGGAGGGGGAAGAGGGAAUUGGAACGACCCAUUUUGUCAAUUUUGGUUCUUUGCUUGGUUUUGUUGCUGGGGUGGAAAAUAGACUGAAAUGUCGCAUUCUGGGAAAUCUAUAUCGGACCUGGGGUGCGAUGGGCUUGCUGAUCAGUUGAGAGAGUCGCUGAUUUGUGAGGCUAACAAGCCGGAUUUUCGAGAACUUGAUCUGGGUUCGCCGGUUUCGCCGCUCCGGCUUAGGCCUAGUGCGGUUACAACGACUACAACUACUACGAGUUCUAGUUCUAGCUCGUCUGGAUCGGUUUCAGGUAGGAACGGGAACUACCAGGUAGCUAGAAGAUCUGAAUCCGGCACCGGCAGCCAUUCCGGUGAGCUGUCAGGUCUGAGCGAGAGUAGUCCUACAGGCCCGAAUAGGAAUCUGAAAACGGGUCACGCAAGAUCCGACUCUGGCACUACCGCCCAUCCGUUGAUCUAUUCGGGUCAGGGGUCCGUGACAUCGCCUCCCCUCAACGCCCUACCCACCGGGAAUAUCUGUCCAUCUGGUAAAGUACUUAAAGCGGGUAUAGCAGCGAACCGGAGCACCAGGACCGACGUUUUGGGAUCUGGGUCGGGCAAUUAUGGACAUGGUAGUAUAAUGCGGGGCGGUGGCGGCGGAAGCGGAAGCGGCGCAUCAAAAACUGCUUUUGUUGACUCUGUGAACACAGCUUAUGUACGAGGAGGCGGCGUAGACGUGAUGGGGCGGGCAAUGUUGAGUGUUGAUCCGGAGGAGGUGAAGAGAAUGGGAAAUGAGAUGUAUAAGAAGGGGCUUUUUAUGGAGGCACUGGCGUUAUACGACAGGGCCACGGCGUUGUCGCCAGGGAAUGCAGCCUACAGGAGCAACCGGGCAGCAGCCUUGACUGCUCUAGGGAGGAUAGGAGAGGCAGUGAGGGAUUGUGAGGAAGCGGUGAGGUUGGAUCCUAACUAUGGGAGGGCUCACCAGAGAUUGGCAUCAUUGAUGCUUAGGUUGGGGCAGGUUGAGAAUGCGAGGAAGCAUCUUUAUUUUCCUGGGCAGCAUCCAGAGCCAACUGAGUUACUCAAGAUGCAAGCAGUAGAAAAGCAUCUUAACAAAUGCACAGAUGCUCGGAGGAUCAGAGAUUGGAAAAGUGCAUUGAGGGAAUGUGAGUCUGCAAUUGCUGCUGGAGCAGACUUUUCUCCUCAGCUUUCUAUGUGUAGAGUGGAAGCACUUUUGAAACUCCACCAGCUUGAUGAUGCUGAAUCUAGCCUAUCAAACAUUCCCAGAGUAGAACCAAAUACCACCUCCUGCUCCCAGACUAGGUUUUUUGGGAUGCUUUCUGAAGCUUAUCCAUUUUUUGUCCGAGCACAAGUUGAGAUGGCUCUGGGAAGGUUUGAGAAUGCAGUUACAACUGCUGAGAAGGCAGGACAGAUUGACCCUCGAAAUGUUGAAGUUGAUGUACUGCUAUACAAUGUGAGGUUGGUUGCAAGAGCUCGUGCACGGGGCAAUGAUCUUUUCAAAUCUGAAAGGUUCACAGAGGCCUGUUCAGCAUAUGGUGAAGGACUCAAGCUUGAUCCUUCAAACAAGGUUCUCUAUUGCAAUAGAGCAGCUUGUUGGUUUAAGCUUGGGAUGUGGGAGCAAUCUAUUGAGGACUGUGACCAAGCUUUGCAUAUCCAUCCCAGUUACACUAAAGCGCUUCUUCGAAGGGCUGCCUCGAAUAGCAAGCUGGAAAGAUGGGCUGAUGCUGUGAGAGAUUAUGAGGUAUUGCGGUGGAAACUUCCAGAUGACAAUGACGUGUCUGAAGCUUUAUUUCAUGCACAAGUUGCACUGAAGAAAUCCCAUGGGGAAGAAGUUAAUAAUAUGAAGUUUGGUGGUGAAGUAGAAGAAAUAUCCAGUAUUGAGCAGUUCAGAGCAGCAAUAUCUCUACCAGGUGUCUCUGUAGUCCAUUUUAAGGUGGCCUCUGACUCACAAUGCAUGCAGAUAUCUCCAUUUGUGGAUAUAUUAUGUGGCCGCUAUCCGUCCAUUAAUUUUCUCAAGGUGGACAUUGAUGAGAACCCAUUGGUUGCAAGUGCUGAGAAUGUGAGGAUUGUACCAACAUUCAAGAUAUACAAAAAUGGUAGCCGAGUGAAAGAAAUUGUCUGCCCUAGCCAGGAAAUGUUAGAAAACUCGGUGAGGCAUUACAGCUUUUAGACUUCAUGAAUGUACUGUACUUUCUCUGCCCAUUUUGUGUUUUCUACUUUCUGCCCAAACAUCCAUUUUGUUGGGAACACUUCCACUACCCUUCAAAUCCUUCUUCCCACCACAUAAGGAUUACUACAUACCCGUGACAUAAGUCAGAGCUACAAAAUAAUCUUUUCUUAGUGGCCAAUGCCAGAGGAACCCAGAGAAUUAGCUUAGUUUCAUUUUGCAGUUUUCAUUUAUUCAUUCAUUCCUCAUUGCUCUAGGGUUCCCUUUCUUCCUCUGUUCUCUUUUUUUUUUUUUUUUUUCUUCAACCCAUUUCCAUUUUUCACGUAGGCCAGCUGGUUCUUGUAUCACUACUUCCAUCCUGUGAAAAGAAAAAAACCAAAAAAAAAAGAAAAAAAGAGAGACAGAGAGAAUAUGUACAAUCUGAUUAAAUGGGAAUACUUAGUUACAUAUUAGAGAGACAUAGUGAGAGGACUGGCAGGCUGUUAGAAGAGGAACUGUACAUGUAUAUAUGUGAUGAUAUAUACAAAACAUUGGAAAGUCCUGUGGGAGAUUGGAUGUAUGUCUGGUGGGAAUUUAGUUACUGGGUUAGUGAAGAAAGAAGAAGGGUGAAUAUGUUGUUACUAAUAUUGUUGUUUCUUUUCUCUACCAUUUCAUUAAUAAAAAUCCCCAUUUUUUCCCUCUCUCUAGAACUCCAUAUUUAUGUUCCUCGCAAAUUUGCAACUCCCCAUUUAUUAAGAUCAUGAAAAAUCUUAAAUAUCCCACUAGGAUCAGUACUGUCAUUGCCUGAGGAAAUAGGAAACAGCUGACCUUGUCUUGAGAUGGGUAGAAAAAGUACAUCUGUUUUUAAGUGAAAGUUGGUUUUCUUUUUAAGGUGUGGACUGGGUAGUUGAAACAAUUCAUUACUCUUGUCUGAGUAUAUCAUCUCC